AUGGAUGAAGUCACGACGAGCGAUCCAGGAGGUGGAGAAAGUAGAGGAACGUUAAUAUGCGCUGGUUGUCUCAACGCUAUCGAGGAUGAAUUCAUACAGGCAUUGAAUCAAGAAUGGCAUAUUGAUUGCUUUCGAUGUUCUGCGUGCGACAUUGGCUUAUCCUCCUGGUACUUCGAAAAAGAUGGCUUGCUAUUUUGUAAAGAUGACUACUGGGCCGCUUAUGGCGAAGCUUGUCAGGACUGUGGCCAGAUCAUCACAGGCCCUGUCAUGCUGGCGGGGGAUCACAAGUUCCAUCCAGAAUGUUUUGCCUGUACUUCAUGCGGUGCUUUCAUUGGAGAUGGCGAGAGUUAUGCGCUCGUUGAACGGUCUAAAUUAUAUUGCGGGAUUUGUUACAAGCGGCAAAUGCAACCGCUCAACAGGGCAGCAAACUAUCCUUUCACCAGAAAACCACAUAGCAUUAGACUGGUCGAAAUACCUCCCAGUACAACAGACCCAGAUAAGCAAAGAGGAAUUAAACUGACGUUAGACACAGCUCCCAGUCCUCGCAGUUGUGGUGCUUUAUUACGCAUUUCUGAGUUAAUGAGAAAUAUUCGUGGAAAGAUCAGUAAGCUGCUAGCCUCUGUGAUGGAGGUUCUAUUUAGGCUAUGCUGCCACUUCUCUAAUCAUAGAUUGAACAUGUCGAGCGAUCUUAUAUCGUUACAUAUUGGCGAUCGAAUCUUGGAAGUAAAUGGCACCCCCGUUAAAGAUCAGCCAGUGGAAAGUAUCGAAAAUCUCAUACAAUAUUCGGACACAGUUUUACAAUUGACUAUCGAGCACGAUCCAGAUGCGGUCUCACGACGGCCCACGUUCUCCUCACCGUCCUCGGCAAUGCUGGCAUGUGUCGGUACUCCUAGGACAAGUCCUGAAAGCAAAGAACGGCUGUUUAAGCGCCGGGACGAGGGUUACAUCAGCGGUGCGCGGAGCCGACAAUUACGAAGAACGAGAGAUCCUAUGCAUAAAGAACGUAGCAGUUCUAUGUCGCGAUUACUCGACGGAUCUUCACCAACGAAUCCUACUUAUGAUCUAAGCCGUACCAGAUCAUUUCGCGUAGAACCAAAGAAUCAGAGAAUAUUUCGAGCGAGCGAUCUGGUGAAGGGCGAGCUCCUGGGUAAAGGAUUUUUUGGACAAGUAUUUAAGGUCACGCAUCGUGACACGAACGAGGUGAUGGUUCUCAAAGAAUUGUAUAGAGUGGACGAAGACGCGCAGAAGAAUUUUCUAAAAGAGGUUGCGGUAUUGCGGUCAUUACAUCAUAACAACGUUCUUCGAUUUAUCGGUGUUCUUUAUAAGGAUAAGAAACUGCAUUUGGUUACCGAAUAUAUAGCAGGUGGCACGUUAAGGGCCCUGCUUCACGACACGAACGAACCAUUGCCGUGGGAACAGCGUACGUCGUUUGCGAAAGACAUCGCUGCCGGCAUGGCCUACUUGCAUUCUAUGAACAUCAUUCAUCGUGACUUGAAUUCGCACAAUUGUCUCGUUCGCGAGGAUAAGACUGUUGUCGUUGCUGAUUUUGGUCUGGCGAGGAUUAUUCAAAAUGGUAGCUCGCCAGACAAUCGUAAAUAUAAUCGACAUUCCGAUGGAGAGGUGAAAACUUCGAAGAAAGAACGGAAAAAACGAUAUACAGUUGUCGGAAAUCCCUAUUGGAUGGCUCCUGAGAUGAUGAAAGGCAAUAAGUACGAUGAGAAAGUAGAUAUAUUCAGCUUCGGCAUCGUUGUCUGUGAGAUUAUAGGCCGAGUCCAGGCAGAUCCUGAUUAUUUACCGAGAUCUUCGGAUUUUGGUUUGAAUCAAAAUGUUUUCAAGGAAAAAUUCUGUUCUAAUUGCCCGGAGACUUUUUACAUGAUCGCGUUUCUUUGUUGCGACCUGAAUCCUGACAAGAGGCCACCGUUUGAAGUUAUGGAAGUUUGGCUAGAAGGGCUGGCGAUGCAUUUGUCGGUAUGUGCCGAGUUGCCAGCAGAUCUAGACUUCGACAUUAGAAAUUACAAAGGACCGAGUCCGAGCAGCAGCGAGUCCACAACUCCGGAAACUUUGGCACCACAAUUGAAACCUAUUAAGGAGGGUCAAGUGCACCAAGAGAAAAAGCGAUCCAGUGGCUGUGACGACAGUACAUUGGAACGUGAGACAGAGCCUUCAUCGAGUAACACGCUUCAUGUGCCUGAAGUCAUGAGUCCGCGCAAUAGAUACACAAGACAGAAUAGCAAGAGCAAUGACAGUUCGGGACGUUACUCAAGGCAAAGUUCCAAAUCAAAAGAUUUUGUGUCUGAUAAGGAAAAGUCUGAUAUAGUGAUCUCACCUGAUUCCAGCGGUUUCAGUGGACGAUAUUUGAGGAAUAACAAUAUCAAAUUGAAAGAUACGUCUCCCGACAUUCCAAAUACCUACUCUUACUUGAAGCAGGAGACAUAUCCGAGACAGAUCGACGCGAAUGAACAUAAUCUGAUCCGUGUACCCACUGUAGAAAAGAUAAAGUACGUAGGAAGUGCGAGUCCGUGCGUGGUAUCCGACGCUUCAGAAUAUAUAAUCGACAGUAAGGGCUCAUACAAGAUUAACAGUCUGAAACAUAAAUCGGCGGAGAAGUGUAACGAUAUAAGUGGUCAUAAGACGAAGUCGGAGAGCAAAUUCAAGAUACCGGAUGCUGCAUGCUCCGUCGGUUCUUAUCUAAAGCAAAUCGGUAAAUCUAUCGGAGCCGUGGAAAAAGAAAAUAAAGCGAUUAAUACGGCAAACUCCAGUGAUACCGAUUCGAAGAAAGUAGUCAGCGAAAGUCCAAAACCCUCUGCAGGAUCGUAUCUGCGAAGGACGAAAAUAUCACCGACCAAAGAGACAUCGAAAAACGCGUUUUCAAAUAAAGAAACUGUUAAAGAUAAAGUUGAUGGCAUUUUGUCUCAGAAAUCCGUAGAAUCAAAAGUCUCACCGAAUAUCCAAGAAAACGUGGGAAACGAGAAAGAUGGACUGUCCAGACGGGUUAGCAGUGUGUCCGAUGUCGGCAGUAUCUUAUCGAGACAGGGAAGCCUUACAGUAUUAGAUCACACAUCUAAAUACAAAGAUUACUCACCGUUCAAUACUUUUACGAAGGAUGAUUUUCGUGAAGAUCAUUCCUUGGGAAAGCAAAAUUCAGGCUUGUAUCAUACAGACAGUCUUUAUUCCAACUCCAGCAUUUCGAAGCAAGAUGAUCUUUUCAAUAUACAUAGCAAACAAAAUAGGAGUGACAAAAUUGUUGAAACCAGAUUGAUGGGUAACGAUAAAAAAAACCCAACGAUGACUUCGUCUAUUUAUGACAGCGAUUUAAAGGUAAUGCCGAACAGUUUGGCUGACUAUAAUGGAUGCUACAAUGGGAUUGACAUCUGCAGGCAGGAUAGUUUUGGUUCCGACAGCGCACUCGGCACUAUGAAAAGCGAUUUCUUCGCGGACAUCGAUUUUGUACAAAUGAGGGACACACCGGAUUUGUGCCAUACACCCGAAAGAUGCUGCACGCCUAAUCGUCCGACGUCACCGAUAGAAAGUACUGCUUUAUAAAUCAAAAUGCACUCAUGGCAGGAAGAAAAUAACAGUUUAUGUUGAGAUAACGUGCGUAAUC